AUGAUUUCCCGUUUUUUUUUUUUUUUUGUUCUUUUCUCUCUCCAAACGGUAUCACCUGCCAUCUUGUGCUCUGUCAUAUAUUGCACUAUACUUCCAUUCUUUCCACAAAGAAUAUUGCGCACUUUGGCGUUUUGUGGUGUGGAGGUGUUUGUGAAUAUGGAGCUACAUGUAUUUGAUUUUGAUGGAACCAUAUUUUAUUCCCCAAAACCAUCUGCAAGGCUGAAAAAAACACACGGGGGAAAUGUGUACGCAAAGCUUAUGAGGCCUCUUCAGGACAAUGGCUUGGGCUGGUUUCAAAGCCUCUCAACACUUUCACCGCCUGCGGUGCCAAAAUCCCCACCUAUCCAAGACUGGUAUGUGACACCUGUUUUACGGCGAUUGAAGGAGCUGAAACAACGCCAAAGUGAUGCUCUCGCGACGGGUGCUUCGGAAUGCGUCAAGAUAUUUGUGCUCACUGGCCGUGACGAAAAGUUUCGCAGUCGUAUUGAGGAACUGUUAACUCAUGCAGGGCUUCGCGAUAUGAUGAGCGCGGUUUUCAUGAAGCCGCAUGAGACGUACGGCACGGUGAAGUUCAAGCUGGAGACCUUUUACACACUUAUUGCUCGGAACCGUCCCGAUCAUGUGUACUAUUACGAGGACCGUGCGGAGCAGGGACAACAAAUACUGGAUGGCAUCCGCAUGCUCUCUCAUGCAGUUCAUCCAAAUACUCCCGAGUCAUUCUAUGUCUAUUCUGUUAUACUGGAAGAAACUGGGACGGUUUGUCCCUUCUCCCAGGAGGAGAAAAAUGAACGAGGACCAUGCGCACCAGCCCUGCGUUGGUGGGAGGAAACAAAGCGACGUGCUUCUCCCGAUCCUCUGUCAAGCAUCGCUCCUUUCACUUUUACAGUAUUGCUGGUCGAUCCCAUCCUGGCAGCACGCUCUGAGUGCUCUCUCACUGCCAAUGCGGAGGAUACUCUUCUUUCCCAGUUGCGAUAUGAGAGGGAAGCAUAUGAAUUUGCCUCUCCCUCUGAGGAAAAGAAAAAAGUUAUGUCUUGUGGGACUCGGUAUCGAGGGAAAUAG